AUGGACUCCGCUGUUGCUACUGUAUUUGCUAACCUUAAUUCAGUGUCGAUCCUUAAUGGUAAUAACUUUAAGGACUGGAAGGAGAACAUUUUCAUUGUUCUUGGCUGCAUGGAUCUUGACCUUGCAUUAAGGAUGGAUCGACCUGCUUCUCUUACGGAUGCUAGUACCUCCGAGCAAAGGAGGAUUUAUGAGAAGUGGGACCGUUCAAAUCGCAUGAGUCUUAUGAUCAUCAAGCGCGGCAUACCUGAGGCUUUUAGGGGUGCGGUGUCCGAAGAGGUCACCGAUGCCACAACAUUCCUUGCUGAAAUUAAGAAACGCUUUGCAAAAAGCGAUAAGGCGGAAACAAGUACUCUUUUAAAGAAACUUAUUUCCAUGAGGUUUAAGGGCAAGGAAAACAUAAGGGAGUACAUUAUGGAAAUGUCUCACCUUGCUUCAAAGUUGAAGGCACUAAAGCUUGAGCUUUCGGAUGACUUGCUUGUGCAUAUUAGUGCUUAUCUCUCUUCCUCCACAAUUCAGUCAAUUCAAGGUCAGUUACAACUGUCAAAGGGAGAAGUGGACUCUUAA